UUCAUUUUACUGGGCAAUAUACUGAAAACACAAAGGAAUUAGCUCUGUGUAACACCAAAAAUAUAUAUGGAGAAACUCAAACUACAAAUAUAUUUAAUCCAAACACUAUGUUUACACAAAAAAAUAUACAAAUUUUCGUUACUUGUUUUUUUGUGUUCGUUAAUAUUUUUUUCGAAAACAUCAUGUUCAACUCUUUCAUUUAAUUUUUAUGGAUUAUCUUGUCCCUCAGCUGAAUUAAUGGUGAAAAAUACAGUGAGAUCAGCUUCUUCUAUGGAUCCAACUAUACCUGGGAAACUUCUUCGUCUUCUUUUUCAUGAUUGCUUUGUUGAGGGUUGUGAUGCAUCUAUAUUAUUAGAAGGAAAUGGAACAGAAAGAAGUGAUCCAGCAAACAAAUCACUUGGAGGAUUUUCAGUAAUAGAAAAUGCCAAAAGAGUUUUGGAAAUAUUUUGCCCUUUUACUGUUUCUUGUGCUGAUAUUGUUGCUUUGGCUGCUAGAGAUGCUGUUGAAUUUGCAGGAGGGCCAAAUGUUCAAAUUCCAACAGGAAGAAGAGAUGGAAGAAUUAGUUUGACAACAAAUGUGAGACCAAAUAUAGUGGACACAAGUUUCACAAUGGAUCAAAUGAUUAAUAUUUUUACUAUAAAGGGGCUUUCUUUAGAUGAUCUUGUUAUCCUAUCAGGUGCACACACAAUAGGAUCAGCACAUUGCAAUGCAUUUAGUGGUCGUUUUAGAGUGGACACAAAUGGCAAUUUCACUCUAAUUGACCCUUCAUUAGACAAAGCAUAUGCAACAGAGUUAACAAAACAAUGUCCAGCAGGGGCAGCAACUUCAACAAUUACAGUAAAAAAUGAUCCUCAAACACCUCAACUUUUUGACAAUCAAUAUUUCAAAGAUUUAAUAGAACAUAAGGGGCUUUUUCAAUCUGAUUCUGUUUUAUUUAACGACGUACGAACAAAGGAAAGAGUCAUGGAGUUCGCGAAUGAUCAAGACGGAUUUUUCAGGAGUUGGAGUCAAUCUUUUGUGCGACUUUCUGUGCUUGGAGUGAAGUCUGGAGAGAAUGGAGAGGUUAGAACUUCUUGUUCGGUUAUAAAUUAAUGUAUGGUAAUAUAGUGAAGUAAGCAGAAUUUUAUUUGUGUGUUAGUUUCUAUUGUUAUAAUUUGGGCUUGUAAGUAGGUUUGAGUUUGGGAUUUAAAUUGUAUUAUUUUCAAGAAGUGUCAACUUAUUUUAUGUAUUCAUAUUUUGUAAUAAGUUAAUUUAUUACACUGUCG